GCAGCUCAAUGUGGAACGUCGCAAUCAAUUGGACUUGGCUUUUUACAGACCUGACCUCCCUGUAACUGUUUUUACCUUGCUAACCUGGUUUCUAGCGAUGUAAAUGCUGGCGACGAGAUUGCUCUUUGCAUAUCUAUACGAGUAUCAACUUCAGCAGGCAACAAGUGCAAGUUCUAGGAGGUUGACUUCCAUCACUCUCGUUUAGGAUCGUGUUAUACGCCCAAGUCCUAUGUCAUCAACGGAUAUCAGCGGCAAUGAGACCACCUGUGUUUCUUAGCGGUGUAGUCCUUGCCGCAGGAAUAGCACGCGCUCAGUCUGAAAAUGAAACCGGAGAACAUCCAGGAUGGCCGCGAUGGUGCGGAAAGGUGUACGAACCCGGAUAUCCGUCUUUCGAGCCGGGCGGUCACACGACAGAGCCAGCUCUUAUCAACACGGACGGAUCGCCAAAUCUAUACGUGCAAUUCAAGCCACGUCAUAGCAUCUACCUAGCUGGCGAGGAUAAGGGCUCCUUCGUCGUCAAGGCCGAGCUGUCGCCUUGGUUUGGCGAGCCGUGGGAGAAUUCGACGACCGACGAAAAGUCGGUGACGGAACCGUUUACGGAUCUGCACUUCUCGAUCAGCCUGGCGUCUAAAAGCGGCGAGGGUGAUGCACCGCUAGUCGAGGGUGUCGUGCCGAUUAAUGCGACUGGUUCAGGUUUCGAUUUCGACCUCUCUGCCCUCGAACCGCGAUUAACACCAUACGAAGUCGUCCUGGUCGGGACGUCGCGGCUUGGUGGCCGCAACUAUACGGCGAAUAGCUCGUUCCGGUACCUGCCAGAUAUCGCCCCGGGAGGGAGCGCGACCAAGAUCGACAACCUGAACGGCGGUCUAUCAUUCCGCAACGCGCAGACGGGCGACGUCUUCGUGCCUCUUCUACCGUACGGGUUCUACGGGUUGUAUAACGGAUCUAACAGUACGGCUGAGAGCGACGGGUUCGUUCGCGAAUACUCCAGCGGUGGAAAAGGUCUCAAUGCUAUCAUAUCAUUGGCGGGAUUUGCUGAUACCAACCCGGUGUACGACAGCAUGGACGCAUCCGCCGCUCGCUUCAUGUUCGACCUACGUGGUUCAUACAAAAACCUGACGGAGGUUACACAGCGGGUGAACACUAUCAAGCACCACAGCUCUCUGUUCGCUUACUGGACGGCCGACGAACCCGACGGCUGGCAAGUUCCCUUCGACGUUACGCCUGCAGCCCAGGAGCUCAUUCACGGUUUAGACCCGUAUCACCCAGUAGCAGUGACCCUCAACUGCCAAGACUACUACUUUGGAGAGUAUUCGGCCGGUGAUAUUCUAAUGCAAGAUCCAUAUCCCAUCGCAAUCAAUAGUACCUUCUCCAAGUGGGGUACAGAAUGUAAUGCAACCCUGGGGGACUGUGGGUGUGAUAACUGCGCAGGUAACCCGCAGGACGUCUCGCGUCGUCUCGACGGCCUGAUCCAAUACGAACGCUGGCUGGGCCGGUGGCCUCUACCCAAGUUCCACAACCCGCAAGCCUUCCACGGCGAGGACUACUGGGCCCGCGAUCCGACACCUGCCGAAGCCUUCGUCAUGAACGCGCUAGCAUUCAACAGGGGUGCCGCCGGCAUCUUCGCCUGGACGUGGCCUACCAGCCAGGAAUUAUUCGACGCGCACUCGCAGAUGGCGGCGGCGGUUACUACUACCCCCGUGAGAGAUUUCUUGCUUGGUGGUCAGCCCGACGGUAAUAUUCGCAUCGAUAAUCAGGAGCUGCUUGACAUAAGCUAUUGGAUACGAGAGACCCAAUUCAUGAUAAGCGUAGUAAACGGAGCGUAUAGCGACAUCAGCGGACCGGUCUCGAUCGCGCUACCAGCUCCCGGAAGGCGUAUUGCGGAUGUGCCAUUUGGAAAUCAGUCGUGGGGUGUGACGGACGGCAAACUGAUAACUGACAAGCUACCUGCUAUGUCGACAAAUUUUGUCCUUAUUGAUAAAAAGUAA